AUGCACGUGGGUGGUACCGGUGCGGGCGACCGGCCUUCCUCGGCAGCCCAGGAGGUUGGAAAGGCCGCCCGGCAAGGGCAAGCAGGACGAGUUGACGGGAUUCUCUUGUGGGGGAGAUCGGAGCUGCCUAAUGGUCUCGAGGGAGAGCAGUUCUUCCCCGAUGUUGUUCCCAAGGUGGACCCCGUGGACUUCCACGAUUCCGGGGAAGAGGAGAGUGGCAACUACGACCUAGUCGAGGACCUCGUUACCGAAGAAACCUACAAGGUGGCGAAAGACCAGGCAUUGGAGUUCUAUGCGUCGGGGAGCGGCCCGCGUCUAGAGCGGGCGCGCGCGCGUGCGGCCCGAGCCGCCAAGAACAAAAACGCGCGCCGCCGUCGCCGUCGCCCUAGUGGGGGUAGCGGCAACGCCAGCGGCGGGACAUCCUCGGGUUUGGUGCCACGACAAGGCUCUUCGGAUGGCGACGGAAACGGUGAUGGUGGUGGUGGUAGGUUUUCUUUUGUUCGAAGCAGUGGUAAAGGUGGGGGCGAUUGCAGCGGUAGCAGCAGCAGCGAUAGCAGCAGCAGUAGCGGGUACAGCAGCUACGGUGGCCGUAGCGGCAGCGGCAGCGGCAGCGGCAGCGGCAGCGGCACCAGCGACGGAGAAAACGGCGGCACGAAGAAGAAGGACGACGGUGCCGAUGGCCUCGAAGGAGCGGGCGGGAGGGGCGGCAGAGAGGAGGCCCUGGAGGAGGACCUAGAGAGGUACUGGUCAGAGACCCCAUCGGGGGUGUUUGCAUCAUCCUCUUCGUCAUCGUCGUCGACCUCUUCUGACUCGGAAGCUGAACCAAGACCCGACGCAAGACUCAUCGCCGCAACCGCCGCUUCUGGGGCCGACCAAAGCGGUGAUCGAGUUGGGGGAAACGGAGCUGCCCGGCCGCGCCUCGGUGCUGCGACCGGGCGUGCCAACGGUGCUAGCGGUAGCGGUGACGCCUCCCUGGAAAACAGAGGAGGGGUUGUUGGCGCUUAUAGCGCGAGCGGCGGCGUUGCGGGUGCCAGUAUUCAAGCCAAUGGCGGCACCUCGGGUGCAAGCGCUGAGAAGGUUAGGGCUGGUGAAAACGACAUGGACGUGGACGAGGAGGAGGAGGGGGGUUCGCCGGCUGACAAGGGCAAAGGGCCCGCGCGUCGCCGAGCGGCGGCUCGUGGCGUUGACGCACGGCAGUCUCAGAGGGACUCCAAGGGGAAGGGACUAAUAAGAGAGACGGACAGUGAUGACGACGAGGAGAGCUCAGGCAAUGAGACUGAAAGGGUUAGUAGCAGCGACGGCGACGGAAAAGAAGACGAGGGGAGGAGGGGGGGAAGCGACGAUGGCCUGGACGGCCCGGGAGCGGUGCAACUGCUAGGCCUCAAGGCGGAGUUCAUGCCCGUGUCGCAGGGCGCGUGGGAGGACGCCGUCUGCCUUGGGGACUCCGGCGGAAGCGAUGCUGAAUCACGUCGCCGCUCUCCGGUCGGCGGCCGUUCCAGGUCGUCACCGGUGCCGACGCCCAUGGAUGUGUCCGCGCCCGGGUGUGACGAGGAGAGGGAGGAAGGGGGUGGGGCUGCGGCCACGGCGAAAAGGAAAGACGAAGGAAAAAGACGGGAUAGGACUGUGGACGAAGGGGCGGGGGGUUCCGCUGAGGGGAUAUCUGGCUCGAAGGGGGGGUCAGCGAACGCUGCUGCUGCCGGGGCUGCUACUGCGUCUGCUGAGGCCAAGGUAGAUUUGUUUGUAUCUCUUGUUGGUGCCAGUCGACGAGGCUCGCUUGCUAAAACGCCCGGCCGCUUCAGCUGA